GACUUGUUGAACUUUUCACUCAAAAAGUCUCGCAUUUGUGAUAAUGAGAGACAAAACAAAUCAAGACUCACAACCGAUUACUGACUGAUGUCUGAAUAGUAUAUAAAAAAGUUUGUCAUUAGAAAAGUAGACAUUCAGUGAAAACAGACGUCCCAUUGAUUACACGCCGGUGUUUACAGUGAGAGGUUGUCCUCAAAGUACAGAGAGUUGAGUACAUUAUAAGGAAAGGGAGGUAUAAGUAGUGGUAUUGACGGCAAUGGAUGUGUUUGGAGGCAGUAGUGAUGGCUUGUCGUUGACAUCAGCGCUCAAAACUGUGGCCUUUUAUCUUAUGAUCAGUGUCUGUGUGGCUCAGACACUAUACCCACUGUUGAUGAUCGUCAAUAUGUGGCUCCGGAGGGCGAACAUCUUCUAUCACUACUUCCACAAAAUGCCUGUCACUCCUUCCCUACCAUUAGAUCCCUUUCCACUUUCAUAUCUACUGUCAGAUAGCCUUAUAUUUCUUCAGAUCAGUUCUGAAUCUGAACUUCAGAUCACAUAA